CGAGACGCAUGCGCGGCGCCGUGGUCGCCGGGAGUCGCGCGAGGAGGCUCAGUGGCGCGGCAGGAUGCCCGGUCGAUUCCAGGGCUCACACGGCUCCCUUUCUUCUUACUUAAAUCUAAUACACGGACAAUCUGCAUCCUUAAAAUCUACAUGUAAAAUAAAUGCCAAUGUACCUACUCUCUUCCAAGUGUUUGAUCCUAUAAAAUCUGACCUAAUGUAGAGUAAAUCGUGUGUCCAAUGCAGUAUUUACUAGCAUCCCAUAAAAAUCUGUGGAUAUAUAUGGACACUUUCCGUCAUGUUAUAAACAAGAAUGAUUUAAACAAUAGGCUUUGUUGUCGUUCGUGAAGUUUUACAGUGUUGCUUAGUGGUUUUAAAUUUUAAAAUUUACUCGAACAUAUUUCAUUUUAUUGUGUGGUAACCCAUGAAAGAUAUUUCAUAGUCUAGUUGCAUUGUAAAUUCGUAAUGUGUUAAUACAGACAUCAUUGCAGUGGGCAGACGUAAUGAUCGUUAAAGUGACAUCAACGUUUCAAAAGGAGACAGGACGAGGCAGGUGAGCGAUGAGGGCGCGGUGGGCGGCGUGGGCCGUGGCGUGGUGCGCGUGCACCGCCGCCGCGCCAUUCGAGCCGCGCGCCUCGCACUCCUCCACUAUGCCCUCACCUGUCUGCGAUCCACUGCUACUGCACAAUCCACCUCCUUUGCCCCUGAAUGCACGAGAGCACGAAGCUGCCGUUGUUCACACAGCGCGAGCUCUUGCUGAUUUGGUAGAGAAGGGGAUAGCAGACGAGGCGCGUGCGACUGCCUUAGCCCGCGCUGUCGCACGCGCUCCGCUCUCGCCGAUGCCCGCUGCUGUCGCGCUUGGAGCCCCUCAACUGCAUCUCGGAGUACUAUACGUCUCGGAACCUUCUCGUCUUAUAAUAUUUCAACAGAACAAUUCAGCUACAUUACGACAAUUCUGGCGUACAUUGGCUUCUGCUUGGAAUGCAACCAGUGUUGUAUGGUCGAACGCUUGGUUUUCUUGUGAAAAAGACGAAGAAGGUUGGUGGGGUGGGAUUGCUGCGGCACGAGGCACUGGUCCCACACGUGCAGCAGCUGCAAUAUUUCGACGUUGGUCGUCACUGCCAUGUGAAGAGGCAAUGCACGAUUGGUUAGGUGAAUUUCCGCGAUGUGAUCCCGUCACUACCGAGUGUGAGGCGUCCAGGGCUCUAAGAGACGGUGAAAGAAAAUUAGAGUACAACUGUAAAUGUCGACCAGGACAUUGGAGUCAGUAUGGUGGUGGAUGGGUAAACGGCGACUCUUUGGAGCGAAAUAAUAGGAAUCCUUUAACCUGUACCCCAUGCGGAAUGGGAAGUAGCGCCACCGCUUGUCUUGCUGAUGUCUAUCGCGUAGGACUACUGGCAGCUAACUUAGCUGGAAUGCUAUUGUGUGUUGUCAUCGGUCUUAUUAUAUUCAGGAAGAGAAAAUGCAAGGCGGUUGCCAUGGGAAUGUGGACUGUAUUGGAAGUUGUGUUAUUCGGCGCUCUAUUAAUGUACGCCUCUGCUGCGUCACAGUACAUUUCGGUGCCGAAAUGGAGGUGUAUAGCGGGUGCCUGGCUGCGGGAGCUCGGAUUCGUGGCCUGCUAUGGAUCCGUUGUUUUACGAUUAUGGGUUUUACUGGCAGAAUUUCGUACCCGGAAAGCACACAGGUGGACGCCAAAAGAUUCAGAGGUGCUUCGCGUAGUUGGCGCGAUGGUACUUGGUGCCGGGUGUUAUCUUGCAGCAUUCACAGCAACAGCGGCCUGUGAAGAAGACAUCGGUGGUUGUGCUAGAGCAGCAUGGCACCACGUUACCGGCGCUGCUGAAAUCCUACUGCUUCUCGCCGGUAUUAGGAUCGCUUACGCUGCUAGAAACGCCAAUGUUCCGUUUCAGGAGCGUGGGUUGUUGUCAGCGGCGCUGUGGGCGGAGGCGGCUUGCGGCGUGUGGUGGCGUGGCGUGGCGUGGGUCGCCAACGACGCGGCCCCAGAGCGCUGGCCCGUGGCUGCCGUAGCGCGAGCACAUCUCUCGUCAGGGGCUGCGCUCGCCUGUGUGCUGGCCCCACGGCUCUGGCACGGCUAUCGAGCCAGAUCAUUAGCUCAAGAGGUUUCUCGUCGAGGGCCCGCAGAAGGUUUUGGCGCAGAAGGUGAAGAAGAGCCCACUUCAGAAGAAGUAAGAGCGGAAUUAAAAAGGCUGUACGUCCAACUGGAGAUCCUUCGUAACAAGACAAUCAGAAGAGAUAAUCCUCACAUCAGUAAAAGACGAGGAGGUCGGAAACCGCCUCAUAGACGAUUUUCAUUACAGAAAAAAGGCAGCCGUGAGAAGGCUCUGCAAGCUCGUCGCGGUGGGAAGGGCAAGCCCAGUGGUGGCGCCAGCGUGGUGGAAGCGAGCGAAGCAGGGGAUGCAUCGCGGACUCCCGAGGACUCUGUCUGCUCGGUGGAGGGACCCUCACACUACACCGAUGGCGACACGCAGGCGUGAUCUCAUUCCCGUCCUCACUUAAAACAUAUAUUCAAAGCACCGCAUUACAAUCCUCAUUCGCCAAACUCUGUUCAGUAAAUUUUUGUUCCCCUAAAAAUAUUAUUCACAUAGCUACUUGACUUUUGAAUACUGGAACAAUAUGUAUGUUAAUAUCAUUAUCGAUAUAUGAUCAUAUUUUUUUUAUUAAACACCAACAGAAUUUUUCUGGUACCUACCUAGUCCGUCUCCACAAGAACCCUUAAAAUGUUCUUUAAAUCAUAUUUUAUAAAACUAAUACGUCCCAAAAAUUACUCUGGUAAUAGUAAAAAUAAAAGUAUGAGUCCAACUUUUACAGUUACAUUUGAAUUGACAGUAAGAUCAUUAGAGAAUUAAAAAAAAUAUAAUAUCAGAUAGCUGCUGAUUUCCAUAACAACCAGUCUUUCCUAUACCACACUGUGGGCUUUACGACAUGGCGACAGUCUUAAUUUACGGCUAGUUUGAGGGAACGGGAUUUAAGUGAAGAAAAAUACUCUAAGAUAGCAAUAUUUUGCAGUUGGAAGUUUUGGUCCUGUUAAUGUUGCAAUUAUUUAUAAAUCGUUUGUCAUUAGUACAUACUAAAUUGACAUUUCCAUGUUUUAGAGUAUCGGAUUCUAUUGAAAAAACACAAUUCUUACAUUUGCAAUUUUGUUUAAUAGGUAUUGUUUAGUCUAAGGUAAUAAAUCUGUUCAUACCAUAUUUAUUUCUAAACAAUCAUACUGCAAUAAAAUUUGUAUAAACCAAUAAAAGAGUUUGUUAUUUUAAUUGGCAUACAUAGGUUAUAAAUGGUCAUGAAAGGCAGCCAGCAUAUAUGUCCAGCAAUGGGCCAAUUUAGGUUGAUUGGGAUUUAAUACAAAAAGAAUUUAAAAAUAUGUAUGUAUAUAUAAAUCUGGCAGAAAAAAGUUUCGAAACACUGCUAAAACAACAAGCAAUUCUUUAUUAUGAAAACAUAUUAUGGUUGUAAAAAUUUUGGGGAGGACAUUGUAUUAGUAUUGUUGGUUAUCUUUCUCAUUCUAAUUUGUGUGAUUAUUUUGAUCACUAACUGCUUCUUCAUUUUUAAUUCUCUUCUUUUUGUAUGUACAAGUUGCAGACCUGAAAAUAUACUUUAAAUACAUUUUAUACAUGAUCUGAGUGUUUACCAGAAGACGCGUGUCGGUUUCUUUAAUUUCUUGAGUCGUUUUAGUAGCUAUGUAUUUACAGCUACCUAAUUAAAACAUGGUUCCCGUUAGUCAAAUAUUGAACAUUAGCAUUUAAUGUGUACAAUAGUUAUCUGUCCGUAUAACACCUACAUAUAAUAAGCGUUUCUGUGCAUUUAUGCAUCACUGUUAGAUAUUUAAGUAAUAUAAAUGUUCACUAUGAAUUUCUGUGUGUGGUAAAGUGCAGGUAAACUGGGUUAUAAAAUAUCUACUUAUUUUAAUAUUAUAAACAACAAGUAAAUGUAUAUUUAAUAUUUAUAGAAUUUGUAUUUGAUAGAGCCGUAUUUAAUCUUGCAGAUUAACAUCUUUAAUUUGUAAACGAAGCCGCUGAAUCAUGUACCAACAAUAAAAAUAAAUACCAUAAAAUAACUUCAGUUGAUGAAUACAAUUAUGCGAAUACUUUAAGAUCUUUUAUUUGUGACAAAUUAUUUAGAGAUUGACUGUUCAUUCGAUACGUCGUAAAUUUACUUAUAUUUAUUUACAAAGUUACAUGUGAAAUAUUCGAAAAUACACAUAUAUAAAUGCAUUUAAGAGUUUAGAAACGUAAAUGUAAAUAGUCCGUUAGUUCAGUCUUGUUGUAAAUUAUUUUUGUUCGUAUUCUUUGAAGGUUACGGUAUACGUUGAGCUUUGUUCAAUGUUUGUGGUGCAUUAGACGUAAGAUGCCAAUCUGGAAUUAAAACAAAGUGACUGUAUAAUAUUACAUUUAUUAAAUAAACGACAAUAUUCAUA